UGCAGAGAAUAAUAAAUCCCAAUAACAAUUGUGAACCACCAAAACAAAGAAUCCUCCUCACACAACACACACGCAAAAGCAGAAGAGCAUCUCUCUCUCUCUCUCUCUAAAACAUGCAGAGGCAGUCACUGGGUUCUCCCUCGUCAAAGCUCGUGAAGGAUGAAUCCCAAUCUUCAUCAUCAUCAUCUCUUGGAGAGGAAUGCCAGCAACAACAACAACAACAACAAGAGCAGCUCAAAAAGCUCAACCCCAAAACCCCCAUGCCUCAGUCCUACAUUCACCUCAUUCCUCUUCUCACCCUCCUCUGUUUCCUCAUUCUCUACCUCUCUUCCCACAACCCCUCUCUAAACGGUACACUUCUCCCUUCCUCAUUCAAUCACCAUCCCAUUUUCUUCUCCUUUUCUAACUUUUUAUUUGCUUCAGAUUUGGCGGACUUCAAUAGCUUCAAUGCCAUUUCUGACCCUGCUGAAAGCAUUUCGGAAUUGCAAGGAAUAAUGGAGAUUGAAAAAGGAGAUAUCUUGGCCAUACGGAGCUUGAAGAACUUGAAGCUGCAGGAGGCCAAGCACCGCCGCCUCCACCGCAAAAUCCCCCAUUUUUAGCCCCUUUUUCUCCUCCUAACAAAGUUACAGCAUUUGGUUUUCCUUCUUCUGUCGGUGGCAUCUUUCAAUUCUGGCUUCUUCCUCUCUCUUUUUCAUUUUUCUACUCCAUUUCUAAUGUGAAUUUGAUGGCCAUUUUAACUAUUUGCACACGUGUAUUUAUUUAUGUGCAUAUCUAAUUCAUGAACUUUGCUGCUA